AUCACACGAUACGGAACGGGAGUAGGCAAUGAAAUAGAUAGCAACCAGCGGUGAUCGCUACGAGCGUGGUGCGUUUACGGUUGUCAUGAACAGAGUUUCACGCUCGUAAAUGUCAUUUGAGGAAAUCGCGGCGGUCGUUUCUUCUCGGUCAUGUACCGCUACUGUGAGGUCUGUCGCUUGUCUCGCACGCUGUGUCGUCGACGAAUAAUGCAAUGAGUACGACGAUAAUGCCAUGCGACAUUCGACGGUAAAAUCGGCGAUACGAGCAACAGCCACGACGAUGAUGAUGAUGUCGAUAAUGCCGCGAGUGCGGAGUAACGGUUGUGUGCAACGUGGAACUGCUGUCGCAGCUUGAAUCGUGCAACAUACGCUGUUCACAUCGCUUUCACGUCUGAACUUCUACGUGUUUUCCUUCUCCCUUCAGCGUGAUCGGGACGUCGACGUCGAGACACCGGACAAAGCGGUCCCAGGCGCAAUGGCAGCUCACAAAACGGGCGGGCAGACCGCCCGUAAGAAAGUUCAGGUGUCUAUGGUUAUAAGAGACGAAGUAGAGAAGCAGCAUAGGGCUGGUGUUAAUUCCUUACAGUAUGAUCCAGCUCUGCACAGGCUAUAUUCUGCUGGUAGAGACAGUAUCAUAAGGAUAUGGAAUUGUAGAAAUAUGAAGGAACCAUAUAUCCAAUCUAUGGAACAUCAUACUGAUUGGGUUAAUGAUAUAGUGUUAUGUUGUAGUGGCAAAAAUCUUAUAUCUGCAAGUUCUGACACUACUGUCAAGGUAUGGAAUGCACAUAAAGGUUUUUGUAUGUCCACCUUGCGCACGCACAAGGAUUAUGUUAAAGCAUUAGCAUAUGCCAAAGAUAGAGAGCAAGUUGCUAGCGCGGGUCUAGACAAGUCAAUAUUUCUAUGGGAUGUUAAUACAUUAACUGCUCUUACUGCGAGUAAUAAUACAGUCACAACUUCAUCCCUGAGUGGAAACAGAGACUCUAUAUACAGUCUUGCCAUGAAUCAGAUUGGCACAGUUAUCGUGAGUGGUAGCACGGAGAAAGUUCUUCGAGUGUGGGAUCCACGAUUUUGUACCAAACUUAUGAAACUUCGUGGUCACACGGAUAAUAUUAAAGCAUUAGUCUUAAACAGGGACGGUACACAGUGUUUAUCAGCGAGUUCUGAUGGUACUAUUAAAUUGUGGUCGCUUGGCCAACAGAGAUGUGUGCAAACAUUUAGAGUUCAUAAAGAAGGAGUCUGGGCGUUAUUGGCAACGGAUAAUUUUAGUCAUGUAAUAUCUGGAGGCAGGGAUAAGAGGGUAGUAAUGACAGAAUUAAGCUUUGCAGAAAGAUAUACAGUCAUUUGCGAAGAAAAGGCACCUAUACUCAAAAUGGCUAUGACACCGGAUCAAUCUAGUAUUUGGGUAGCCACCAGCGAAUCAACUAUAAAUAAUUGGCCAAUAAGCCAAAAAGAUUGGCAAGAAUUAGGAAUAGGAGAUUAUUGUGAUUCCGCGAGUAAUGUAGCGGGCAAUAUUUUAAGGAAUACUGAACCUACACAGAAAAUAUUGGGUGGUCCUGCCAUAAGACAUUAUCACAUAUUAAAUGAUAAAAGACAUGUUUUGACAAAGGAUACAGAAGAGAAUAUUGCACUAUAUGAUGUAUUAAAGGCAUGUAAAAUAGAAGAUUUAGGCAGAGUUGAUUUCGAGCAGGAAUGUAAAAAGAGAAACAAAAUGGUAUAUGUUCCAAACUGGUUUAACGUCGAUCUCAAAACAGGGAUGUUAACUAUACAUUUAGGACAAGACGAAAAUGAUUGCUUUUCUGCAUGGGUUUCCGCCAAAGAAACUGGUUUAGCAGAGAAUGAUGCUGUAGAUCAGAAAGUAAAUUAUGGAAACCUUUUGCUGCAAGCAUUACUCGAACACUGGUGGAGACCAUUACACGCUGAUGACGAGAAUGAGGGUAAUGGUAAUGAUGGAAAUGGUCCUUUACAACACACGAGAGGAGGAAAUCCAUACUUCUCAGUUCCUAGUCAUACACCUGUCAUCUUUAGUGAAGUGGGAGGUAGAACUAUCUACCGAUUAUUGGUUCGAGAUGCUGCAGGAGAAACUGAGGGUGUCCUAUUAAACGAAACCGUACCACCAUGGGUAGUGAAUAUCGUUGUGGACAAGAAUCUUCCUCAGUUUAUUAAAAUACCUUUUUAUCUUCUUCCACACGCUUCUUCAGGUGUAAAAAGUUUGAAGAAGGAUCGUUUAAUAGCCAAUGAUUUUAUACAAGUACGUAAAGUGGCCGAACAUGUUUACGAUAAAGUACUCGGUGCAGGAAGCGAUUCAGGUUCAGUGGCUGGCGGUGGAAAUACAGUUUCCAGCGGAUCUCCGGCAGGCGAUAGGACGAAUACGGACUCUAAUGCUGAUAAUUCUUCAUUGGCUGAAGAAAAAGUCGAACUCCUAUGUAACGAUCAAGUCUUGGAUCCUUCAAUGGAUUUGAGAACAAAUAGUGGAAAAUACAUAGGCUACUUGCAGAAUAUGGUACCUUGUGCCACAUUCUUAGGAAAUGAUCACCUGGAUUUGACGAACGUUUCGUGUGAUGUUGAGGCAGGAGUGAAAGAAAGCGAGGCGUAUUUGGAGUAUUAGGACAUAAUGUAAAAUUUUAAGGCAAUAAUGUGUGGAAGUAUUAAUGUAAAUUGCUCACUUUUAUACACUUGCAUCCUGCGGCCAAAUUCACACAAUAGAGCAUUACUCUCGAUUAAUCUGCUUGAGAAUAUCAUGCUUUUUGUACCUGGAUGUAGAGUUUAAAGUCUUGUUGUCAGCCAUAUAUCGUCUUCCCACUUUAAAGAUAUCAUUAAAAACGUAUGACACAACUAUAAAAAAAAAAAAAACAGCACAACUACAGAAAAAGGGGAUAGACUGCAUG